CAAGAAAUUAGGAAGCUGUUAUUGUUUUGGUUUUUUAAGGGUAGUGAGACACGGAAACAAGUGCCCAGGUAAGCUGUGGGAUGGCAGUGUUCAAAGCCAGGCUCGAUGGGGUCUUGAGCAUCCUCUACAGGGUUGUCCCCAGCCCUGGCCGAGCGGGUUGGGACCAGCUGAUGUUUAAGUCGCAUUCCUGCCCCUGCCCGUUCUGUGGCGCUGUGCAAAGCUCCCUUCCCAGCCGUGCAGCGGCGGAACGAGCGCGGAGGGGCCGGGCCGGGCCGCCCCGCCCCGGGGAGCUCCGGGCCAUGCGGGGGCCGGCGCUGCCGCUCGCCCGCCGCGCUGGGGCCGCGCUGGGAACGGGCCGGGCGGCGGGGCGGGACACGGGGCCGGUGGAAAAGAAGACAAAAGGGAAGCUCCAGAAGCAGAUCUGUCAGGUGGUUCUGGAUCACUUUGAGAAGCAGUACACGGCAGAACUGGGAGAUGCAUGGAGCAGGGUCAGAGAUGUGCUGACCUCGCCGUGGUGCUGGCAGCACGCCGUGCUGCUGAACAGGUUCUGCCAGAGCCCCGGCCUGGAGAGCAGCCUGGCUGAGCAGGGAUACCACCCUGCCUUCCCAGCAGCUCUGCCCUACCUCCCUGCAGCCUUCAGGUGUUACACCAGCACAGCUCCUGGCAGGUUCCCCGCCCAGAGGCACCAGCCUGGCCGACUGAAGGAGUAUUACCUGCUCAAUGCUGCCUCGCUGCUGCCUGUGCUGGCCUUAGAGGUGCAGGAUGGGGAAGGGGUUCUGGAUCUCUGUGCUGCGCCAGGGGGCAAAUCUGUGGCUAUCCUGCAGUGUGCCUGUCCAGGUCAUUUUCACUGUAAUGAAUAUGAUGAUUUGAGAUCAAGGUGGUUGGAGCAGACAAUAGAAUCCUUCAUCCCAGAUCCUUUAAAUAACUUGAUAACAGUCUCUAAACUGGAUGGUAGACAGAUUGGAGAUCUUCAGCCUGAAUUUUAUGGCAAGGUUCUGGUUGAUGCUCCUUGUUCAAAUGACAGAAGUUGGCUCUUCUCUGCUGACCCUCAGCAGGCUGUGCUCAGGCUCAUGCAAAGGAAGGAGUUGUCUUUCCUGCAAUUCCAGCUUCUAAGGUCUGCAGUUAAGGCCCUGCGUCCCGGUGGGUCCUUGGUCUAUUCCACCUGCACCCUCUCCAAGGCAGAAAACAGUGAUGUGAUCAGUCUCAUCCUGAACUCCUGCAGCAAUGUGAUGCCUGUGGAUAUCAGUGGGAUGGCCAGAGGUGUUUCCCAGGAAUUCACUUUCCUCAGUGGGACACAGGAGCAUGAACUGCUGGUUCUCCCAGAGAAGGGGAGAGCGUGGGGUCCCAUGUACGUGGCUAAAUUAAAGAAAGUGUCCUCCACCUGAUGCCUGGUGGUUGUUUAUAAGCAGUAGAUGAUAAAUUAAUAAUGAUUUAAAUACAAUAUGUGUGUAUGAACACAUCCAAGGCAACUGAAUUUAGAGUGUUGCAGUUUCCUGAUCAAAAGGAAGCGAGAAAUUUAACUUAUUUUAACUUGAAAUACUGAAUGUGCCUGCCAGUGUGGGCUUGUGGGCCUCUGAGAAGUCCUUCCCUCAGGAAGUCAAGGGAGCUUUGUAUUGUUUUCAAGGUGGUGCUUUUAAUUUGGAUUCUAGAAUAUAGGCUAAUGUGGUAAUUUUGCACUGGUUUUGGUUCUUUUAUUUACUAACUUGGUUCUAAUACAGUAUGUUUUUUAAAUAAAGGGUUUUCAGUGGUC